AUGAAGCUCAUCACCUUGGCCUCGGCGAUCCUGGCCCUGGGCGAGACGGCCUCAGCCCGUCUUUCACUCCGAUCCAACGAGACGACCACUCGUAACGCAACGUAUGACUACAUCGUCGCCGGCGCCGGAACCGCAGGCAUCGUAGCCGCCGAGCGCCUCGCCGCCUCGGGCCGCAGCGUGCUCCUCGUUGAGCGCGGCGGGCCCUCCCUCUACAUGUCGGGCAACCGCAAGACCUUGCCGUGGAACGACACUGUCACCAUGUACGACGUCCCGGGUAUGUCCGACUACACGGGCGCGGACCCAGACCUGCAGUACUGCAAAGACCUCGUCAUCGCUGCGGGGUGCAUGCUCGGCGGAUCGACGAUGCUCAACGCGCUCAUGUUCAUCAGGCCGCGCGCGGCGGACUUUGCAGGGUGGCCCAAGGAGUGGCACUGGGAGAACGGCGUCGCACUGGCAGCGGAGGAGUUUUACGAGCGGCUUCCGGGGACGAUUCUGGCGUCGGAGGACGGUAAGCGGUAUGAUGACGGAGCAUACGAGGUCGUGUCGCGCUUCUUGGGGGCCAACGGCUGGACUGAGCGGGAUGCGUUGAACGAUGUUGAGGAGAAGGAGUUAAUGUACUCGCACCCUCCGUGGUCGCCCCUACGGUCCAUCCUCCCUGACGCAGAAGUGCUCCCCAAUUUCACACUCGAACUCCACACCAAGGUCCUUCGAGCGGUGCGCGACGGCGGCCUCGUCACAGGUGUCGAGGUCGAACAAGACUCCGGCGCCCGGGAGAUUAUCAACUUGGCCAAGGGCGGAUCCCUCAUCCUUGCCGCCGGCACCCACUCCACGCCCCGUGUGCUUUUCAACUCAGGCAUCGGCCCCGCCGCCCAGAUCGAGAUCGUGGCCUCCGGAACGACGAACCUCAAGCUCCCGCCCAGGAACCAGUGGAUCGAGCUCCCCGUCGGCAAGAACCUCAAAGACCACGCUGUCGCGACGGUCACGUUCCAGACCAAGGACACGCUUGCUGCUCUGCCCGAUGCGGCGUGGACGAACCCGGAUCACGAGUCUGUCGAGCUCUUUGCUCACGGCAGUGGCCUGCUGGCACAGUCGGGUCAGCGUCUCAACUUCUGGACGAGCGUCAACACUACCCAUGGAGAUACCCGUUAUAUCCAGGGCACCGUCCGCGCCGAUGGCAACAACACGAUCGGCGUCAAGGUGUACCUCACCCACGGCACCACCUCCGUCGGCACCGUCGGCAUCACGGCCGAUGGAACAACCAACAUGACGCAGAACCCCCUCCUUCACACCAAAGGCGACCGCGAGGCCCUGACCAAGAUAGUCGACACGCUCCUGGGCUACGCCCGCAAGCCUGGCAGUAUCCUAAGCGUUGAUGGUAACGCGACUGCAGAGGCCAUUGUUGCCAAGGCCGGCAGCGGUAGUCACUACCUGGGUACCACGCAGAUGGGCGCCCAUAACGACGGCAAGAGUGUCGUCGAUCCGGACACCAAGGUCUGGGGCACGGAGAACUUGUUCGUCGUGGAUGGAAGCAUGCAUCCCGAAGUGCCUACUGGUAACACGCAGGCCCCCAUCAUGGUGGCUGCUUUGUUUGCCGCCAAGAGGAUCCUGGCUGUCGAAGCCGACAUUGAACUUACUCAGUAA